AAGGGUUUCGAUUGAUGAUGAACUUCCGCCGUAUCAUGGCUUCUGGUAGCCAUCUAUUCAAAAUUGCCAGUACAAUAGAGAAUGCUCCCAAAAUUGCCAGAACAAUGGAGAAUGCUCCGGCAUCCAUCAGGUUUGAUGUACUUGCGAAGGCGAAAGUGGAAGAUGUGCGGAUGGAGAAGAAGAGAAUCAUGUUGGAGAAACUGCAAUCUCUGACUGGGCCGGAGGGAAGAAUAGGGUACACAUUAAAAAAGCUGAUGAGGAUUGAGAAGAAGGAGCACGACCCCGUCACCAUAUCAGAUCUGAUUCGCUGGGCUUUUCAUCUGAAGAGAACCGGCGAUAAUAAAUCUGCCAUAGAGACACUUAAUUUGGCAAAUAUUGCUAUCAAGAAUCAAUCAUCAGAUGGCGACGAAGGUAAGGUCUAUCUCUCUCGCCUGUUUCGUCGGUGGGAGGAAGAAGAGAAAGUAGGUGUAGCAGAAACAUUAAAUGAGUUCAGAUCCAAGCGUUUUUCCAUCACCAAAGCAGAUCUGCUUAGCUGGGCUAAGAAACUUGACAAGGAGGGAAAACAUCACCACGCCCUCGAGAUCUUUGAGUGGAUGGAGGAGAGAAAGAAAAUGUCAUUUACUACUGGUGAGGUUGCAGUAUUUCUGGAUCUUAUCCUCAGGACUAAAGGCUAUACAGCUGCUGAUGCCUACUUCCGCAAACUCUACCCUAACCUGAGGCACGUAGAUUGGAUGGUGCGACCCCCCGUCACUUCUUCAAAACCAAAGAUAUUGAUUGGUUAUGAGCUACCUAAGAAUGAAAAGGGGACUAGAGUUGUGAGAUGCAUAGGUAUCUCAGGCUAUAAUCCUACACACUUCCGCUAGUGAAACUCAUGGUUUGUCUUAAUGAAUUACCCACGGCUUUCAGAUUUUCUCUUUGCCUUUUCUAGAUCUCUUGUCUAAAGAGAUAAAAUCUGUAAUGCUAGCUUGUGCGAUUUGUGGCUCUGAGUUACUUUCGCCUGUGUGUUAAAUUAAACAAUAAACAUAAGAUUAUCAA